AUGAACAUUACCAGCAGCUGUGCGUCUUAUUGACAUAUUGCUCCCGGCAAACAUCAUUCUUCAGACUUGUGGGUUGUAUUUUGUAUUGUGAUAUAAUAGCCAAAAUGUCCGACAAUGCGGAUGGUCCAAUAUGUUUCAUAGGGCGAUGAAUCAGUAUAAAUAUACAAAACUGUAUCCAGCAACACAUCUCCAGACGUCCGCCAGUUGCAAAGAUGUAAAAGGACCUCGAUCCAUACCAUCCACCACUUCACUCUGUCUAUUUUACCCCAGAAUACCCUAUAUGGCACCCAUAAGGAAGGAAAUAUCCUUCCACUGUCUCUUGUCGUACGAGUAUAGUGCCAAUCUUCCCAUCGAAUACCUGCCUACCAUGCAAAUUAGUAAUGAUGCCUUAUCAUCUGAUGCACCCCACGUCUGUUUGUUUUGAUCUGUACCAAACGAAAUGUGGAGAGAAAACACAAUAUGCAACCGGAGCAGCAUGUUCCAAUUGUCCUGAAUAAUCUAAGAAGGAGUUUUGUCG